UUUGAUGUUUUGAAUUGUAUUAGAUAAUUAAUGAGAUUCAGAAAUAUAUUAAAAAAUAAUUUCGAUCCAGUCCACAAAUAUUGACAAUACCUUUAAAUAUUCUAUAUAUUUUGGGUUGGAAUUUUAAGCGCAGGAUCUCCAAAUUCACAGUCAGCCCCGGGCAGUAAAAGUACAACCACCGAAACCAAUGCUUACAAAAUAUUAAAGUUGACAAUAGAGAUGUACAAUUAAAUUGGAAAAAAGAAAAUAAAAAUAAAACAAAAUAGAAAAAUCCCAGCUUGUUAGUCCACAUUACCACAGAAUUAUGACUUCGAUAUUAUUAAACAAACGAUAUAACAACGUGCCCCUCCAUAACGUACGUUCUUGAGAUCCUACAUUAAGAAUACCCACAAUAAAACAAUCCACCCAAUCUAACACUUCACCAUUUUCGGUCGUCUUCUACUUAUUCAGUCUUCUCUACUUCCUCAUAUCCUCUGCAAGAAACAAGUACUCGGCUAGAUCAAAACAACAAUGUCAUCAACUCAUCUCUCCAAAACAGACUCAGAAGUUAGCAGUCUAACCCCAUCAUCUCCUGCAAGGUCAUCAUCACCACCACCUCGCCGCCCUGUCUACUACGUGCAGAGCCCGUCAAGAGACUCUCACGAUGGCGAAAAAACAACUAACUCAUUUCACUCCACUCCUGUUCUUAGCCCAAUGGGUUCUCCUCCUCAUUCCCACUCCAACUCCUCCUUAGGCCCUCAUUCUCGCGAGUCCUCCUCCACUCGCUUCUCUGGCUCCCUCAAGCCACAGCACCACCACCGCAAGACCGACGGAUCUAACCGUAAAGGCGCCCGGAAGCCCUGGAAGGAGUUUGAUGCCAUUGAAGAAGAAUGCCUUCUUGAUGGGGAUGUUCCUCCGCAUGUCCUUACUCGUCGUUACUAUUUUCUUGCUUUUGUUGGAGGCUUUAUCGUUCUUUUCACUAUGUUUUCCUUGAUUCUUUGGGGUGCAAGUCGGCCUCAAAAACCCAUCAUAACCGUGAAGAGUAUCGCAUUUGAUCAAUUUGUAGUGCAAGCUGGUGCGGAUUUCUCAGGAGUAGCGACAGAGAUGGUGUCCAUGAACUGCACAGUGAAGCUUACAUUUCGCAACACUGCUACGUUCUUUGGCGUCCAUGUAACUGCGACACCUGUUCAUCUUUCCUACUCUCAACUCACUGUCGCUACUGGAACCGUACAGAAGUUCUAUCAAUCAAGAAAAAGUCAAAGAUCAUUAACGGUGAUGGUGAAGGGAAACAGCACUCCAUUAUAUGGUGGAGGGUCAAGCUUGGGGAGUUUAAAUGGUGCACCAACUCAACCGGUACCAUUGGCACUCAACUUCACUGUUCGAUCAAGAGCUUAUGUUUUAGGCAAGCUAGUGAAGCCCAAAUUCUACAAGAGAGUGGAGUGCUGGGUGGUCAUGGACUCUCAUAAAAUGAAUGUGCCAAUCUCUCUCAAGAACAAGUGCACUUAUCAGUAAAGAAAAAAAAAAUUUAUAUAGAAUAUUCUUUACUUAUUACCUCCUUAUUAUUUAUGUAUUAAUUGGAAGCAAACAAAAAAGGAGGUGUAUAUGGGUUGUUCUUAAUGUAUCUUUUUGGAAAUUUUGAUGA